CGGGCCAGCCCGAUUUCCGGCAACAAACGCCAUCCUGGGGCUCCUAGGCUUCAUCCCCACCGCCAUCUUCUUGUGGGCGUAAGGGCGUAAGGAGGUAAGGAGGCGGGAGGGGGAGGGGCCGCCCUCUUCUAGGUGGAGGAACCAGGACUCACUUAACACACAGAGCUCCAGGAGGACAGUUCCCUUAGAGGGGAAAGGGCUUAAGCAUCUCCAGCCGGGGAACACAGGAUGUCAUGGACGCUUGUAGGAGCUGUCGCUGGACUACGCUUCCCAGAAGCCUCCGGGGCCUGGGGCGUUCAUUUUCGCCCCCGGAUUUCGUUUCCCAGCAAUCCGGGCGGCGCUGUUCUCUGGGGACGUGAAGCCCGCUUCUUUUCCGUGCUGGACUCUGAGCCUUGAGCUCCCUGACUCAGUGGAGCUUUUGAAUAGUAGCAGUGGCUGCAGCGGGGCCGUGUAGUGUAGACCUACGCCCUCUUGUGUUGAGCCAGGCCGGGGCGGAGCAUGGACUCUGGUGGAGUCACGUGCCGCCCAAACCCGUCACUAUAGCAACCUCUUGACUAUGGUCCCUCUGUAGUCCGGAAGUGUAGGGGUUUCCUUGAAGAGCUGCUCAAGACGAAUUUCUUUGAGGCAUAGACCUCUCUGGAGUGCCUACUUAAAAAAAAAAAGCAAAACCCAAAACAACUUAUAUAAGCUCAAAUGGCUCUAGAAUCUAGAGAGACUGCAGCACUGAAUCCCCAGAAUCCAACAGGGAAAGAGAAACUUCAAGUAGUAAAGGUAGAGAAAUUAGAGGAUUGUGUAUGGGGAAAGAAAGACAGCCAGAAGAGGAACAGUCCUUCCACCCAGGAGAUCUCCCGCCUGCAGUUCAGGCAGUUUGGCUACAGUGACACCCCUGGACCCCGAGAGGCUCUGAGCAAACUCCAGGAACUUUGUCAUCAGUGGCUAAGACCAGAGAUACACACGAAGGAGCAGAUUCUAGAGCUGCUGGUCCUGGAACAGUUCCUGACCAUUUUGCCAGAGGACCUGCAGACCUGGGUGAGAGAUCAGCAUCCAGAGAGUGGAGAGGAGGUGGUAACUGUGCUGGAGGAUUUGGAAAGACAGCUUCUUGAACCAGGACAACAGGUUGCAUUAAGCACACAGAGGGAGGCAGGGGCCUGGGAGAAGAUGGCACCCUUGAGAGCAGCACAAGAUGCACUGAAUGUCCAGAUUCAGCCUAUGAAUGCCCAGAUCAAGCGUGAGUCUCCAGAGCCUCAGUUCCUACAAGAAAGAGAUUUUGAGACUAGUACCAAGUGGACCCUUCCAAAGCAGGAACUUUCUGAAGAAGAGGAGUCACAGAGAGGCUAUCGAAGAUUCCCAGUGGAUGCUUCCAAGGGAACCAAGGUUGGAGAAGCCAAUGAAUGUGAAGGCACUCUAGACAAGCAACAGGGAAACAAAGUGGAGAAAGUAGAAGGAUCCCUUUCCCAGGAUGGAAAUUUUGUGGUAGUGACCAUCCCUUCUGAAAAAAUUCCCUUAGGAGAGAAUGGCCAUAGAUAUGAUGAGUGUUUGUGUAGUUGUCAUUUGAAAUCAGACCUGGUUACACGACGUAGAAUUCCAACAGGAGAGAAAACCCAUGUAUCUGCUACAAAUGACCAAAACUCCAGACAGAAUUCAUCUUCUAAUGUGCAUCAAAAGAAUCAAAUUGUCUUGAAACCUUAUGAAUGUAAUGAAUGUGAGAAAACCUUUAAGCAGAGCUCAGAUCUUAGAAAACAUCAGAGAAUUCAUAUGGGAGUGAAACCCCACAAAUGUACUCAGUGUGGGAAAGCAUUCAGUCAAAGCUCUGUUCUUAGGAAGCAUCAAAGAAUUCAUACAGGAGAGAAGCCCUAUACAUGUGAUGAAUGUGGGAAAGCCUUCAGGGGAAGCUCAGACCUUAUUCAGCAUCAGAGAAUUCACACUGGAAAUAAACCCUAUGAAUGUAGUGAAUGUGGGGAAGCUUUUCGUAGGAGCUCACAUCUUGUUCAACAUCGAAGAAUUCAUACUGGAGAAAAACCCUAUCACUGUAGGGAAUGUGGGAAAGCCUUCAAUCACAGCUCUUCCUUUAAUCAACAUCAGAGAAUUCAUACUGGAGAGAAACCCUAUGGGUGUAAUGAAUGUGGGAGAACCUUCAGUCAAAGCUCAUCUCUUAUUCAACAUCAGAGGAUUCACACUGGAGAGAAGCCCUAUGAAUGUAAAGAAUGUGGGAAACCCUUCAGGCAUAGGUCAGCCCUUAUGAAGCAUCAGAGAGUACACACCAGAGUUUAACCUUGUGCAGAUUUUGAAUAUGAGGAAUCUCCUGGCAGCUUUGCUGCUUCUAAGUCUCAGAAAAUGCAUGAGGUCCUCAAGGGCAGAGCCUGUGUUUGUACUACUGUGUAUGGCUGUCACCUGAGUUCCAUGUGCCUAUGAUACCUUUCUUAGGGUUACUUUUGUGAUUGACUAAUCUAUGUUUCUUGCUAUUUGUUAUUUAAAGUAUUUACUGUACUGUUGUCAAUAGUUAUCUUCUAAGGGGGAGGGUAUAUGAUUUUUGCCUCUUUAGAAAGGAUGGAAUUAAUAUUCCGGGAAAAUGAAGAUUGUAUGUCAAAGGAUCAGUGAAGAUUUGGGUGGUCAGUGCCCCUUCUUUAGGAUGUAUAUGAGUUCUCUGAGAUGAAUUGGGGACAACUUUUUAAGGACAUCUAAGUAGAUAGUUACUGGCCUAGAGGACAGUAGGAUGGCAACUAUAUAUGGUUCACAGUCAUUUUGACCUGUAUCUGGGAAGAAGAGACUGGAUCCUGAGGCAGGUAGAAAGAGUGUUCAGCAUAAUAAUAGUCCUGAUGUCGGUUAAUGAUUACCACUACCACCCCCUUCUUCCCUUAGCCAGAAGUCACCUUGAAUCAUGAGCACUCAGGCCUUGAGGUCUCUGUGCUGAGAACUACACACCAGUCUAUCUGGCCCUUUUAGGACAUCUCACUUCCCUACAUAUUCUUUAGAGAGAGUGGUUAAGGUAUUUCCUGUUUUCUCUCGUGUUAGUGCUGAAAAACCAUGAUUUAGAAGAGCAGUUACUGGCAGAGUUCUUAGAAUAGGUACCUAGUCUUUGGAUACUUUAGGCCCUUCUGGCCCCUGAGAAGGCAGAGAAGAUGCUGUUCAGCUUCUUGGUCCCUGGAGGUCCCAAUUUUCUACGAUGUUGUGGGUUUGGCUUGAGUGACUUCAUUUUUUUCCUGAUUUGUGACUCUCUAGACUUUUCCAACUAUAGUGUUGGAAAGAGAUUUUACUUUGAACAUUUCUGUGAUCAGUCAGUGCCCUGAAAGCUGUUGCUACAGAGGAGUGGGUGCAUCGGUAUGCUGUGUGCAUGUAUGUGUUGUGAGCACAUGUUUAUUUUUGUUGGCCACCCAGUGUGGCCUCCUUUCCACAACCUCCCAUAAAGGUUUACGCAUAUCCUUACUCUGAACAAGGUAGAAGAACUUGUCUUGGGAUAUAUCUAUCUAUCUAUGUAGAUAUAGAUACAGAUAGAGAGAUAGAUUUACCUUGCAUUGUCUCCUAACAUCAGAAUACAUUACUGCUCUUCAAUACAUCCUGCUUUAUGACACCAGAUAGGGGGAUAUAGCCUUGGGAAUUUGAAAGAAAGUACUUUGCUAACCGUACCAACAGAGCAUAGCUUAGACAAGCUAUGCAGCUCAAGGAUAGGCCACCAGCGUGGAUGCAGUGGCAACUGAUCAGUCAGGAGCUCAGUGUGGAGAAUAGACAAGGGGCAAGCAUCCCUUCCACUAACCUAGGGAAAUGGCAUCAGCCAUUUUGUGAUGGAAUGGUCAGCCGUCUCUGGAUGUAGAAAUAUUUCUUUUAGACCAAUUAAGCCAUAUCAUUAGUCCCUGUCCAGGACAUGAAAAUUCGAAGCAGUGGGCCAAAAUAAAAAGACUAAAACCCUAAAAGCGUUGUGGCCCCAAUCCUCAGUUGCUGUAGAAUUAGAAGGAAGCACCAUGGUGUUUUGAUGGUGGGUUGGUGGCAGCUGGACUGUACAAUAAGAACUGUGAGGCCUAGGGAUGAGAUAGGAGAGAGGAUAGUUUAAUCCUAAAAAGUAUUUAAUCUAGCUCCUGGGCAUAAAAUGGUAUGAUACAUAUUUUAUUUUUAUUUAUUUCAUAAAUUUUUCAUUCAUUUUAAACUUAAAUACAAAAUGAGAAAAAAAAG